AUGAGGUCAGCCAGGGCCUCCCCAGGCCCUUUGCUCCCGGCGCUGGUCCUCGCCUUGCUCCUGGUUGACUCCCUCGGCGAGGAUUUAAAUUUUCACCCGAACUGGGGCUUUGACUCGUAUGAAAUCACCAUCCCCAAGAAGCUGAGCUUCCCGAACAGGGAGCGGCAUAUGAGCAGCCACAUGUCCUACCUCCUGCAGGUAAAUGGCAAGAAGCAUGUCCUCCACCUGCGGCCCAAGAGGCUUCUCCUGGCCCGACAUCUGCAGGUUUUCACCUACACAAAAGAGGGGAAACCCCUGGAAGAUUACCCUUACGUACCCAGGGACUGCAACUAUGUGGGCUUCGUUGAAGGAGCUAAGGAUUCUGAGGCUACUUUCAGCACCUGCACGGGGAGCCUCCGAGGAGUACUGAAAAUUGAUGACAAAUAUUACCAAGUCGAGCCCCUCAAGGCCUCUUCCAGUUUUGAACACGCCGUCUAUCUCCUGAAGAACCCGGGGGAGUUUCAGAACCAGAUCUGUGGCAUAUCUGAUGACCAAAGAGCAAAGCAGAUGCCCCAGCAUGUGAACAUGGGUAGGUCUGCUGGCUCAACUGGACCCUCUGUGCACCAAAAGUAUUUUGAAUUAGGCCUGCUCUUUGAUCAUGAGAGAUAUUUAUUUUCAAAUUCCAAUGUUACCGACGUGACAAACGAUGCCAUCCUUCUGACUUCGAUUAUGGACACUUACUUUCAGGAACUCCAUAUGAGAAUACUAAUGACUGCACUUGAAAUAUGGACAGAUGCAAACAAAAUAGAUACUGAAUUUCCAACAUUACAGAAAACUUUAGGCCAAUUUUUGAUAUACCAAAGAAAUAUACUAAGUAAUCAGCUUACAGUAGAUUGGGCACAACUAUACAUUAAAAGACAUUAUAUUGAUGCUGUUGCCUGGUCCUGGGGUAAAGUGUGUACUAAGAGGUAUGCUGGAUCUGUAAGUGUUUUUCCCGAUAUAGGCAUCCUUGGACCUGCCACUUGGGGUGCUCAUAAUCUGGGCCAUAGCGUGGGGAUGAUCCAUGAUACAAAAUACUGCAGAUGUCGCGGGAGGCGUAGUUGCAUCAUGGGCACUGGACGAAACGGGUUUAGUAAUUGUAGUGUUAUCCAAUUUUUUAACCAUGUGCAGAGCGAAGCAAACUGUCUAAAUAAUAUCCCAGGAAAAGAUUUUGUGGUUAAGAGAUGUGGAAACAGAAUUGUGGAAGACAGUGAACAGUGUGACUGCGGUUCCUUAGAGGACUGUGAAACAGACCCGUGUUGUGAAGCAGGCUGCAAACUCAGACUUGGCGCCAACUGUAGCACUGGACUUUGCUGUCACGACUGUCACUUUCGCCCAUCCGGGUACGUGUGUCGGAAGGAAGAAAAUGAAUGCGACCUUGCAGAGUACUGCAACGGGGUGUCAAAUUUCUGCCCAAAUGACACGUAUAAGCAGGAUGGAACCCCGUGCAAGUACGAGGCCCGUUGUUUCAUGAAGGGGUGUCGGUCCGCAUUUAUGCAGUGCCAGAACAUUUUUGGACCUGAUGCCCAGGAGGCUCCCCAUCAGUGCUAUGAAGCAGUUAAUGUAAUAGGUGAUCAAUAUGGGAACUGUGGGAUUAUAGGAGCUGGUAACUAUAAACAGUGCGCCAGGAAAAAUGCAUUAUGUGGCAGGGUCCAGUGUAUAAACGUCAGAACCCUCCCCGAUAUGCCAGAUCAUACGAGUGUCAUUUCUACUCACCUGCACGAUGAAAAUCUGAUGUGCUGGGGCACAGGCUAUCGUCUGUCCAUGACACCCAUGGGGCUUCCUGACUUGGGUGUGAUAAGUGAUGGUACCUCCUGUGGCAAAGGCAGGGUAUGUUUGAACAGAAUUUGCAUAAAUAGUUCAGCCCUGAACUUUGACUGUUUGUCUGAGAAGUGCAACCACAGGGGCUUUUGCAACAAUAACAAAAACUGCCACUGCAUGUAUGGCUGGGCGCCCCCGCUCUGCGAAGAGGAAGGGUAUGGGGGGAGCAUCGACAGCGGGCCGCCGGGGCCCAUGAAGGACGAGGUGCCCGCCUCAGUUCAGAUUGUGUUCCUCAUGUUAACACGACUCACGUUAUUAGCCAUCACGGUGAUUGUCGUGUUUUUCAGGCAAUUCAUAGGAAAUUACUUAAAACCCACAGCGAAAGAAACACCACCAGCUGACACUGAAGGUGUUAAACCCAAGGCAAAAAAUCUUUAA